UUUCGAAAUAAGGUAGAAGAAAUGGAAUAGUUUGUGAUUGUCGUGAAAAAACAGUCUUAGAAACCCUUGAUCUGACCCCAAACAUGGGCAAAACAAAGGCUAAGAAACGUGGGAAGCACAGACUACAACCAAUGGGAGAAAAAUGUGAAAAUCAAAGUGAGGAAUCGAUGGAAAAUGGCGGUAAUUUUUCAGGGAAAACUUUGCCUUUGCUUCAAAAGCUUGCCAGCCCAGCAGCAGAGGAAAAAGAAUGUGCCUGUGCGGGUCUUGCUAAUCUUGUAUUUGAACCUGGUGCUGUACCUGUGCUAAUUCGUCAGGAUGUAGUCAGGCGCCUUGGUCCUUUAUUGAUUGAUGAUAACAGAAGUAUACAGGAGGCAGCUGCUGGAGCAUUGAGAAAUCUGAGCCUUAGUGGAGGAGCAGAUGUAUGUGCUAAAAUGGUAGAACAAGAUGUAAUGACUCCAUUAACAACAUUUAUACAACAGUCUUUAGAAAGUUUGCAAAGUGUAAGCAACAGUCCUGGUUCUGAUUACAAAAAACAGACAAUAAGUCUUGUUGUUCAAGCUAUAAAUCUUCUUUGGAAUGUCUGCGAGAGUAGUGAGACAGCUGUUGAGAUCUUCAACAUGAAAGGCUUGUUACCUCAUCUUGUUCAGUGCCUCAAGACAGAUAUCUAUCCAAUGUCACUGGCUAUGCCAGCAGCACAGUGUCUGCAUACUGUAACAGAAGACAACCCAUCUGCUGCUCAGGCCCUUUGUGGCUCAAGUCACCUAAUGAAGACCAUUGAAAAAGCUUUAGUAACAGAGCCAUCCACAAGUGAAGUCAUGUUGCUGAAGGUCCUGAGUGCAGGAAUACUCUACAAUGUUCGCUAUGCUAUUCCCAUGUGUAGUUUCAGUGAACUUGUUCAAGCUGUGGUGAAGGUUCUUUCUCAAGUUCUGGAGAUUGACUGUCUUGAGAUGCUUGGGAAAAUGCUUCCUGAGCUUGAGAAGGCUGAGGAGGUUCAGAUGCUUCUGAAUGCACAGCAGCUUGGGCUGGAAAUAUUGUCCAAUGUAUGCUGUGCUGAUGAAAGCGGUGAUGAUGAUUGGGAAGAUGUUUCUGACAUGAGAAGUGAUACAUCUGAUGAAGCAGCAGACUCUGAUGAAGAUCAUUAUCUAGCAGAUGAUAUUAUGCAAAAUGCAAAUAAUUUGUCAGCAGAGAUGGUUAAUGCUAUUGUAACCCAACAAGUUCCUAAAAAGGUCUUGGACAAGGCAAUAUUUGGAGAUGUGAGAGUUUAUGAAGCCUUAGAUCAACAUCCUGAAGGAAAGAAAGCUGUGAAAAGCCUGAGUGUUGUCCAGAUCAGAGCCCUCAUUUGUUUGAACAACAUCACUGCUUCCAUGGAUGUUGAAUUAAUGGGCGGGGCUGAUGCGCUGGGUCAACUGUGGAAUACUCUCUUCUCCUUAACAUAUGGAAAUGAAUGCCACAAGUUUCUCACAAAUGAGGAAGAUUUUGUAGAGGCAGCAACUGGUGUGAUGAGAUCUGUUCUGGAGAAAUUGUCAGCACUGAAUGCCCCUCAGUGCAUCACUGCAGAACAUGUAACUGUAUUGUGCCAGACUGCUGUCAAUACACCUUGUGAUGCUGUCAAGGUUAAGCUGCUCAGUAUACUGGGUUAUAUCGGCAAGAUGGCCGCCACUAGAGAUGACACAGUUGAUGUGCUUCAGUCAUUGGGUGUGGUGCUACGAGAUAUCAUCACAAGCCAAACCAGUCUGUGGAUUAUCUGUGAGGCUCUGGAUGCCAUAUUUGACACAUUUGCUGAUGGACCUCGUGUUAAUUCUGUUUUAUGUUCCAUUGGACUUUUAACAACUUUGCAACAGCUUGUGCCUGUGUUAAAGAUCAGGAUUAAAAGUGAGCGCAGAACACUGGGCGACCAUUACCCAGUUGUAGAUGCUGCACGAACAAACUUGUCUCGUUUUCUUAAGUACAAAGCCAAGGGCCAUUGAGACGAGAGACAGCUAGCUAUACUCAGUACUACAUAUAGUAAGUACUGUUUAUAAGUGGAACAUCGAGUCAGCCUGAUCAAACUACAGAUUCUCCUCAAAUAUUCUCUGAUAUUGGAGCAUUGGUGGGAGAAUUUAGUAUAUGAUCUUUGGAACUUCGCUUCUCCAACUAUUUUUCGAUAAAUGCCAAUCAUGGAUUAUUUUUGUGGUAACCACAUUGACACAUAUAUCAGAUGAGGGAAAAUGCAUCGCGGAUAAAGCUAUGGAAGCACAUAUUAUAUUGGUAAAGAAGGAAAGUCCAGGAGAUAAUAGCACAGGUUUCUAUACUUUUUGUCCUAACACUCUCGUGCAGCUAAUAACCAACUAGCAAACUGUGCCACGAUAACCGUCAUAGCAAGACAUUGCUGAUGAGCCGUAAUUUACCAAGUCAAAUGAGGAAGAAACAGCAGAGAAUGAAAGAAAAUUGGGAAAUUCUUAAUCAGACAAAACUCUUUAUUGUCCAGUUAGUGUUAUUUUUAACUUAGAGCUGUUUUGGUGUUUCUGCAGUCACGAUAGCUUCAGCAUUUUUUUCCCUGUCAAUCGACAUUUUACCGAUCCGAAUAGAGGCUUUACACCAUCACGUGAUGGCAGCCAUGACAGGAGGCAGGAACAAUGGAAUCUGGUCUAGUCUGAUUUACAUGAGAAAGAAUUCAGUCUCCCAGUGGGAAAAGACUCUAUUGCUGUGCUUUCUGUCAUGGCUGCCAUCACGUGAUGGUGCAAAGCCUCUAAUAUACGUUUGAUGGAUGAGAGCCAAAAUACAAGAAAAUGUGACGACGUGUCUGGAGGUUUUUCAAUGGCAGAAACAUGAAAAGCGAUAUAAGACAUUCAGUAUUGCCUUUCAGCUUAACGCUAAUCGUCCAUCAAAGGCUAGAACAUUUCCUUUCAUUACUAUACGCUGAAAAAAAAAAGAGGAAGUCCUGCUAAAACGAGCUUUAGCUUA